ACACAGAACCGGUCUGCUCAGUGGCACAGGAACGCGACGAGACGGAGGUCAGCCAGCGACACAAUGUCUCCUUCUUCAACGGCACCAUCGCGGAGUUGAGACACAACUGCCCCGCCUCCCCCGAGGUGUCAGUCAGUCUGGGCGCUGAGGAGGACGAGGAGGACGCGCAGCCGACCUCGGCAACUGCCACUGCCA